GGCUUGCGGAGUGCGGCUCAAGGUGUAGGAAAGGUGGGUUAGAGAUUAGAUAACGUGGUCGUUGCUCCGUUGGAGUUGGUCAUCUUGAAUCCAUUUGCUAUAAGAUGCCACUCUCCCAUCCCCCUCGAGGAAGAUCAUCACCAUGUCUCAACCAACUUUCUUCCAGAAACUCUACAGGGCGCCAGAGGUCGACCCCAUCACAGGCAAAGCCCUCUCCAUUCCCGUCCUCAACCCCCUCAACAAAUACGGCCGAACAUUCCACUUCGCCUGGCUUGGUUUCUUCGUCGCUUUCUUGUCUUGGUUCGCGUUUGCGCCGUUGGUUCAUGAUUCGCUCAAGGCGGAUCUGAAUCUCACUACCGCCGAUGUCGCAAACUCCAAUAUCGCCGCUCUCGCCUCCACCCUCCUCGUUCGUGUCAUCGUCGGUCCGUUGACGGAUCGCUUUGGACCUCGUUGGACAAUGGCCGGGUGUCUCCUCGCCGGAGCCAUCCCCACCGCUUUCGCGCCUCUCGUCACCAACGCAAACGGUCUCAUCGUCCUCCGUUUCUUCAUCGGUAUCCUCGGCGGAACUUUCGUCCCCUGUCAAGUCUGGACAACCGCCUUUUUCGACAAAUCCGUCGUUGGACGCGCGAACGCUCUCGCCGCUGGAUGGGGUAACGCUGGUGGAGGUGUCACGUUCUUCGUCAUGCCCGCCGUUGUCAACGGAUUCGUUAGCAUGGGAUACUCCCACCACAUGGCCUGGCGUAUCGCGUUCCCUGCGUGUCCGCUCAUCAUCAUCGUCUGUACCGCCGCCAUGAUCUUGGUUUUCGGAAAGGACACACCGAAUGGGAAGUGGGCGGACCGCGCGAUUCGUCAAGAGAAUAUGAGACAGAUUUAUGAGAACGAGGGCAAGGUGACCGAUGUCCCUCUUGCAAACUUCAACGACUACGCUGGUCCUACGUCCGGGACCGCUACCCCGCGCGUCAUGGACGAGAAGAAGAUCCACGAUCCCGCUCAGACUUCCGCCGUCAUCGAGGAAGCGGACUCAUCCAUCAUCGAACCCCCUACAGCCCAGACUGCCUGGCAAGCUGCGUACUCGUUGCAAACUAUGCUCGUCGCCCUCCCCUACAUCUGUACCUUCGGCGCCGAACUCGCAAUCGAGGGUGUCAUCUCCGCACUCUACCAAACCCAAGCCAAGCGUAUCGAUGGUCAAAUCUGGUCUCAACAGCUCGCUGGUAACUGGGCUGCCAUGUUUGGUUUGCUCAAUAUCAUCACGCGUCCUUUGGGUGGGUAUUUCGCUGAUUUGAUUUAUGCUCGUACGAACGUUGCCUACAAGAAGUGGUGGUUGAUGUUCUUGGGUGUCAUGGAGGGUAUCUUCUUUGUCUGGAUUGGGUUCUGCCCGAACUUGCCUGUUCACCACCUCAUCGGAGCCUUGGUUGGUCUUGCGAUCUUCAUGGAGGCUGGUAACGGUGCGAAUUUUGCCCUUGUGCCGCACCUGAACCCGAAGCACAAUGGUGUUGUUACCGGUAUUGUGGGUUCGUUCGGUAACCUUGGAGGUGUCAUCUUCAACCUCGUGUUCAGGUACGAGGGUACGAACUACUUCAAGUCGCUUUACAUUAUUGGCUUCGUUAUCGUUGCUAUUCACGUUCUUGUCUGUUGGGUGCCUGUGCCCGGAAAGCACGGACGUCCGUAGAUGAAUACGUUCGAGGGAUAAGGUUAGGAUAGUUUUUCUUGGUUUCG